GAGCAGGGUGACGUCAUUCUAAAACUGCGUAGCCAUGGACCGGAAGGAAGUGGGUGUUAGCUGACUUACGUUAGCAAGCUACAAUUACGAAGUCUGCUGUGGUUCUAUGGAAGAGAUGUCAGGAGAGAGUGCUGUGAGCUCGGCAGUGCCGGCAGCUACAACCCGCACCACAUCCUUUAAAGGCUCCAGCCCGAGCUCGAAAUAUGUGAAGUUAAAUGUGGGUGGUGCUCUGUACUACACUACAAUGCAGACCUUGACCAAGCAGGACACCAUGCUCAAGGCCAUGUUCAGUGGCAGGAUGGAGGUCCUCACUGACAGUGAAGGUUGGAUUUUGAUUGAUCGCUGUGGUAAACAUUUUGGAACAAUCCUGAACUACCUGAGAGAUGGUGCGGUGCCGUUGCCAGAUAGCCGGCGGGAAACUGAGGAGCUGCUUGCAGAAGCCAAGUAUUACCUUGUCCAAGGUCUCGCUGAUGAAUGCACAGCUGCCUUGCAGAACAAAGAAACUUAUGAACCUCUAUGUAAAGUGCCUCUGAUGACAUCAUCCAAGGAGGAGCAGAAGCUUAUUGCAACUGCAAAUAAGCCUACAGUUAAACUGCUGUAUAACAGAAGCAAUAACAAGUAUUCGUACACCAGCAAUUCAGAUGACAACAUGCUGAAAAAUAUUGAGCUGUUCGACAAGCUGUCGUUGCGUUUCAAUGGUCGUGUCCUCUUCAUCAAAGAUGUGAUUGGGGAUGAGAUCUGCUGCUGGUCCUUUUAUGGGCAGGGGCGGAAGAUUGCUGAAGUGUGUUGCACUUCCAUCGUUUAUGCCACCGAAAAGAAGCAGACAAAGGUGGAGUUCCCUGAGGCUCGUAUCUAUGAGGAGACCCUCAACAUCCUUCUGUAUGAGUCCCAUGAUGGGAGAGGGCCAGACAAUGCUCUACUAGAGGCAACAGGGGGCGCUGCAGGACGAUCCCAUCACCUUGAUGAAGAUGAGGAGCGAGAACGAAUUGAGCGAGUACGUAGGAUCCAUAUCAAACGACCAGACGACCGCACACACCACCAUCAGUGACCUCCUGCUCCUCUUAGCCGUGGUUUAGCACCGCGCCUGUGCCUUACACCAGCCCCACAGCGCCUCUCUUAUGUCCUUCAACAGGAGGCUAUUUUAGUGUGUAGUGGAGUAGUCCACUUUGUCUUCUGUGUUGUGGUCCAGCAGGCUGCAGUGUUUGUUGUUUUCUUCUAUCAUUGUUCUCUGCUAGCGUGCAGAAGCAUCAUAAUCAUACAUGAUUGUUGACUGUAAUUUCAUCUUAACUUUGUGUGUUGUUUGUGUAUUUAUCACAAGUGGUCCUAACAUUACAUCCAGGAGAGCAAGAAUGAUACGAUGUGCAGCACAUCAUCUUUCCUCUUCUUCGCGUGGCUUAAAGGUAGGGUAACCACUGUGGUCACUCAGUGGACGAGCCAAGUGUUAACCACGACAAGGCCAUAAGGUGGCAGUGUUUUAUUCUUAGGUUACCUGGACCAUUAUGAAGCCUGAUCAAACCUUUUAUUAAAUAUAAUUGUUAUAGUUCACCAUAUCACGGAUGGAUGCAAUAGUCCCAUAUAGUGUUUCCACCAUGUUUAGUUUAAACAUUUAUUCAGUUUCAUUUUUUGCCACAAAAUUAUUUUCAGUGGAGGCAACAUGACCUGUCACUUGAGGGUUAAAUGUACUCAGGUGAUUGCAGGAUGGAUAGAUACACAGGUUGGAGUGAAUGAGUGUAACCAGAGAUCCCCCUGGCAGGAAUUGAGGCCUGUCGACAAGCUUUUUAACAGGGAGAGAAAUUAGAGCUGUCCAUCACUGCAUUCAUCAGAAUGUUUGGAUUGCACACAGUUACAAUCACUAUACUAGUAGAUCUAUUGUACAGAAGCCAGUGUAUAUGUUUUAUAUUUAUAUAUGAGCUAUCUCAAAUAAAUUUAUACACAUGCAUUUGUUCUGUUUUUAUUGCCUGGGAACAUGCCCCAUGCUCACUGGCCACAACACACGUUUGUAUAACAAUUCUGCCUUUACAAAGACACUGUAAGACUAUUAAUUUCAACGAAUUCGUCAGUGUAACAAAGUUGUAGUGACAAAAAUGGGUGUUUCUAUUUUGCUUCCCUUAUGUCGCUACAUGAUUCAGGCAAAAUAAUAGCAGCAGCUCUCAAUAUGAAGAAGUGCAGUGGUACAUUAUCUCAAACUACACUAAUAGAUUGUUAAAUGAAUGAUCAAAAAUGAGCAUUAUCUUUGUAAAGGCAAAAUUUGUGGUACAGCUUUUAUAUUGGAUUUCAUUAGAUUGUUAAUGAAUG